GCAAACGUGAAAGUGUCGUGAAGGAGCUGCCGCUGCUCGGAGUCACCCAGUCGGCUGGAACCGGAGGUCUUAUUUCUAGGGGUGUACUUUGGGGGGUCGGGUAAGACCAGCCACAAUAAGCUAUAAAAGAAGUCCAGUUCGUCUCUCCAAAUAAAAGAAAGCCAAGAUCCAUGAGUGGACAUCGGUCAACAAGAAAACGAUGUGGAGACUCUCACCCGGAGUCCCCUGUGGGCUUCGGGCAUAUGAGCACUCCAGGGUGUGUAUUAAAUAAAUUGUUCCAGUUGCCUACACCUCCAUUGUCAAGACAUCAACUAAAGCGGCUGGAAGAACACAGAUAUCAGAGUGCAGGACGGUCCUUGCUUGAACCCUUAAUGCAAGGUUAUUGGGAAUGGCUAGUUGGAAGAGUUCCUUCCUGGAUUGCCCCAAAUCUCAUCACCAUCAUUGGAUUGUCAAUAAAUAUCUGCACAACUGUCUUGUUAGUCUUCUACUGCCCUACAGCAACAGAGCAGGCGCCUCUGUGGGCAUAUAUAGCUUGUGCAUGUGGCCUUUUCAUUUACCAGUCUUUGGAUGCUAUAGAUGGGAAACAAGCAAGAAGAACCAAUAGUAGUUCUCCUUUGGGAGAACUUUUUGAUCAUGGUUGUGAUUCCCUAUCAACAGUUUUUGUGGUUCUUGGAACAUGUAUUGCGGUGCAACUGGGGACAAAUCCUGAUUGGAUGUUUUUUUGUUGUUUUGCUGGGACCUUCAUGUUCUACUGUGCACACUGGCAAACAUAUGUUUCUGGAACCUUACGGUUUGGGAUAAUUGAUGUGACUGAAGUGCAAAUCUUCAUAAUAAUCAUGCAUUUGCUGGCAGUGAUUGGAGGACCACCUUUUUGGCAAUCUAUGAUUCCAGUGCUGAAUAUUCAAAUGAAAAUUUUUCCUGCACUUUGUACUGUGGCAGGGACCAUAUUUUCCUGUACAAAUUACUUCCGUGUAAUCUUCACAGGUGGUGUUGGAAAGAAUGGAUCAACAAUAGCAGGAACAAGUGUCCUUUCUCCCUUCCUCCACAUUGGAUCAGUGAUUACAUUAGCUGCGAUGAUCUACAAGAAAUCAGCAGUUCAGCUUUUUGAAAAGCAUCCCUGUCUUUAUAUACUGACAUUUGGUUUUGUAUCUGCUAAAAUCACUAAUAAACUUGUGGUGGCGCACAUGACAAAAAGCGAGAUGCAUCUGCAUGACACGGCGUUCAUAGGCCCAGCACUUUUGUUUCUCGACCAAUAUUUUAACAGCUUUAUUGAUGAAUACAUCGUACUUUGGAUUGCCUUGGUUUUCUCUUUCUUUGAUUUGAUCCGCUACUGUGUCAGUGUUUGCAAUCAGAUUGCGUCUCACCUGCACAUACAUGUCUUCAGAAUCAAGGUCGCUGCAGCUCACUCUAAUCAUCAUUAAUGACGUAAUCGGUGUCAUGUGGGAAAGUCACGUUUUCUGCUGGGAAGAAUCUGAACAUAUUAAGGAGAAUGGGAUGGAUAAGAACAAAUAUAAUUUAUAAUAAUCAAUGUUGUGUAACUUUUCUUCUUUGUUAUUGGUAACACUCCUUAACUAUCCUGUGUGAGAAUGGGAGUUUCUGGUCCCAUCCUGUAAAUCAUACAUAAUGUUGUACAGGGGUUGGCCCAGGAAAGCAUGCAGGAACAAAUGCCAUGGGUUUAUAAUUAUUCUGGAUUCAGGAGAGAAUUGUCAUGGGGAGCAGGUCCUCGUGGUGGAGAUUUCUAAUGUAGAAACCAAAAGGUGGUUGCUUUAUAAUUUUAACAAAUCAUCAUCUUUUAGUGGCAUCCUUGUUUAGUAUGUUCUCAAGCUUUCUUUACUAAGGAGCUCAGCUGUGGCACUGAUGUAUCCCACUAGCUUGUGAGGUGGAACUAGUGAUAAAGACCUUGACUUUUGGAUCAAAAGGUUUCUUACCUUUACAUUGUUGAAGUCUUUUUUUUUUUUUUUUUUUUUUUAAUUGCUCAAGAAAUGGUAUCUCUUGUGGGCUUGGGAAAUCCUGUUAGCAUGCAAAAUAAUGUGGUAAUUUUGUCGAUUCAUUUUAUUUUUUUAAAUAAAUAUAUGAUCUGAAAGCCAGACUUUUCUCAAUUUCAUUCAUUGGAAAGAUAAUUUGAAUGUCAUUUUCUAAAAUUCAAGUGAAUUUUCUGUUCUUUAAUGAAUAUGGAAAUUAGGUCAGCUGCACUG